CUUGUCGGGCAAGUUUUGUUAUUUAGACGCUGGUUGUCAUUGGCAGCGCAGGACUGGGGCAUUUCGUUGAAUGAACUGCGCGUGACUGUGUGUAUGGCGUCUGGAUGCGCCGCGCAACAUCGCGAACGAUGAACGCGGCUCGGACGCUCGUUAUUCUGUCGUUAUGCUGCCUCGGUCGCGUUCAGUCCCGAUCGCCGGCGCUGUCCUGUCCCGGCGGACAGUUCUCGCUAAAAAACCAGUGCGCUUUAUGUCACCCCACCUGCGCGGAGUGCAAGGGCCACGAGCUGUUCGAGUGCACCGCUUGCGGUUUAGACGAGGAGGGGAAGGAGCGCUUCUUGUAUCAGGGCCACUGCAGGCUACACUGCGCACGAGAGUUUUAUCCAGACCGAGAGCAGUACACCUGUCUUCCAUGCAUGUCUAACUGUGAGAUCUGUGCUGACGCCGAUGUUUGUGCUAAGUGCAGAGAAGGCUACGAUCUUCAGAGCGGCAUCUGUCUGGCGGUCCUCUGUGGAGCUGGUCAGGUUCAAGACCCGGAUACACAAGAAUGCAUAGACUGCGGGAUUGGCUGUAAAACAUGUUCCACAGACGAUCCAGAGGUUUGUCAGAGCUGCACGGAUGGCUACUUCUUAUACAGACAGCAGUGUCGUCAGCACUGUCCCCAGAGGACCUAUGAGGACCGCGGUAGAGGACUGUGCAUCAGCUGCCCGGAGCCAUGCGUGGACUGCUGGAGCGAUAGCCUGUGUCUCACUUGCCAGUCCGGAUACUUCCUGAACAACGGCACCUGUGUGAAGGAGUGCCCAGCAGACACGUUUAAAGACUCCAGAGGGUGGCGCUGUCUGCCCUGUCACGGCUCCUGUCUGGCCUGCCACGGCCCUGGAGUGAGAGACUGUGACAGAUGCAGUGGCUGGAGCCGCCCAGUUUACGGGAAGUGUCCGGUGAUCAGCUGCCCGGAAGGUCAAUAUGUUGAUGGGGAAAGCCGCACUUGCCGUUACUGUGAUAGAUCCUGCUUGACAUGUUACGGUCCUAAGGCUCAGAAUUGCAUCACAUGUGCUACCGGAUACAUGCUGGAGCAGGAUGCAGUCUGUGUAGACCGCUGUCCUCUGGGUUUCUAUGCGAACAGCUCCAGUCUUCUGUGUGAGAGGUGUUCUGCUAACUGUGAGGCCUGUGAGAGCAGAGAUGAGUGUGUGAGCUGUAAGACGGACACUUACCAGCUCUAUCUUUUCCAGGGCAGCUGCUGGUCAGAGUGUCCAGAAGGUUAUUUUGAGUCUGAGCUGGGGACAUGCGAACCCUGCGAUGAACUCUGUUUGACCUGCGACGGCACAAGAGCGCAGUGUCUUUCAUGUCGAGAUGGUCUUCAUCUGACCAACGGGCAGUGCAGGCAGAACUGUGGCCCCAUGAGCUACGUGGCAGAAGACGGCACAUGCAGACGCUGUGCUCCUCACUGCGACGUUUGCACAGAUUUAUCCACCUGUACAAGGUGCAGUUUUCUUUAUUUGCUCUUAAACGGGGCGUGCAAGGCCGUCUGUCCGAAGGGUUACUUUGAAGACUUGGAUCAGGGCGUCUGUGUGAGCUGCCAUUCCACCUGUGCCACCUGCUCUGGUCCUCUUUCUGAUGAUUGUGAGACAUGUUCUGCCCUCAACCCAAAACUCUACGAGGGCACAUGCUUGGAAGAGUGCCCAGCAGGAACUUAUUACCAGACUUCUGAUAAGGAAUGCCAAGAAUGUCACCAGACCUGUGCUCGCUGUGAGGGUCCAGAACCCACUCAGUGUCUGCAGUGUGAAAAUGGCCUGGUUUUGGAUCCCAACACCAUGAUGUGCGGAGUUACCGGGAAUUCAGACUGCCCACCCAGAACGUUCCUCCAAAACAACCAGUUCACUUGCCAAGCGUGCCAUCGACUCUGCCAGUCCUGCGAAGGGCCAGGCUCCUCUGACUGCCAGACCUGCACUCUGCCCAAUUACCUACACAAUGGUUCGUGCGUGAGCAAAUGUCCUGUAGGAACUUACAGCGCCCAUGAGGAGGCUGACGGUGUAGAGCUGGGUUUCUGCAUGCCCUGUGAUCCUGUGUGUGCCACCUGCACCGGGGCAUCUCCCAGAGACUGUCUGAGCUGUGCACCAGGCUACCUUCAUCUGCUCUCUCAUCUCUGCGUUAGUCACUGUCCCACAGGGUACUACAGCACAGGGGAGCGCUGCGAGAAGUGCGACCGUUCUUGCGAGCAGUGCUCGGGUCCAGGGACGGACGCCUGCAGGGUAUGCACACCUCCCCUGCUGGACCUGCAGGGCACCAGGCAGUGCGUGGAUCAAUGUCCGCAGCGCUUCUAUGAGAGCGAGCGCAGCUGCAGGCAGUGUCACACCAGCUGCAAAUCCUGCACGGAUAACACUCCUCAGGGCUGUGUGACGUGUGACUGGGGCAGCGUCCUGCAGGACGGAGUGUGUUACCCUCGCUGUGAAGAGAGCCGAUAUUACUCGCAGGGCGGGGUUUGUGAACCCUGUGAUGAGUCCUGUAAACAUUGUUCGGGUGCCGGGCCCCAGAGAUGUCUCACCUGUCACCCAGGUUUCUCCCUGCAUGUUCCUGACAGUCAGUGCUUGCCGUGCUGCCAGUCUGGGGAGAAGAACGAGAAGUGCUGUCUUUGCGAUUCAGGCUCAGCAUUGUGUCUCGAGGCGCCUGUACCACGUAUAAGUCAGGACGAUGCUAUUCUGAGGUCCCAAGCGGUACAGCACGCAUCUGCAGCUUUACCCGCCGCUCUGCUGCUAGCUGUAGUGCUAGCGCUAGUCGUGUUUGCUCUGGUACAGGCGAGGGCCAAGAAACGGUUAUGCUGGAGACGGAGUUACGAACGGCUGAGUGGGGUGGCUAGAGAACAGCCCAGUCCUCGGCCCAUGCCGCACGGGGUGCCAGAACCAGAGGACAGCGGGGACGAGGUGGACGUGGUCUACACCAGUCGAGACGGCUCUGUUUAUCGACGUUACGGAUUCAUCCACGAGCCAGACACGGAAGAGGAGCAGGACGAGGACGACGCUAAUGAGAACACACACCUGAGCAGAGCCUAAAUUACGGUCACUAACGAGUCACAUUUUACUAAUUCUUUAUACGCACACUUCUCACUGGAUUGCAAGGUGGUAAAGAUUAAUAAUAAAUCAAAACACGAUAGCGUCUUCACAUUUAUUCUUAUAUAUUGUAUAUAUUUCUAAAUUCAAAAUAUUGCCGCCAGUGUCUAUGUAGAAUACCUUUAUGUUAUUGUAAUACAACCCUUUCCAUAAUGCAAUGUAAUAUUUGCUAAUGUUAAUGUUACUAUAGCACGGUACCAAACUUUUUUUUUUUUUUUGGUGAUUAAAAGGUGACAGAUAGUUUUUCGUAUUUUCUUAAUAAAGAAUAUUCAGUCGAUUUCAGAAAAGCCAUUUUUCAUCUUUAUUAGACCUGCUGAACAUUAAGUCUCCGUCGCAUCCGAGCAAGACACCACAGACCGUAGAAACCCACAUUUAAUCAUUUCUCAAAUGUGCAUGUGUACGAAUGCACGCACAAAAGUGUUACAGCGCUCUCUUAAAAUGUAUGCCCCCCAAACGACCUUGUGAUGCCAUUCUCUUAAUUCUGAAAACAACUUGAAAUAAAUGAAAAAUAUAUAUAUAUAUAUAUAUAUAUAUAUAUAUAUAUAUAUAUAUAUAUAUAUAUAUAUAUAUAAUCAAACGAUUCUAUUGUAUGAAAUCAAAAAUGGACAGCAUUCAUUUGUCAGCACACAUUAAGAGUCUUGUGGUGAAUAAUUAAUCCGUGCUAAGUUAAUAAACAGGAAAAAAGUUUGUACUUUGUAAUCUUCAAAUGUUUGACUUCGUCAGAUCAAAUUUGCUUCCCUUAGUCAGGGUCAAGUUUUAUUUAUAAAGCACAUUAAAAAAAAACAACAGAUGUCAUACCAAAGCGUUAUACAGUAUUUUAUCAUUUAAAAUGAUUAAUAAUUAAAAAUGGACAUGACUGUCUUAUAUGGUCAUACACAUGAAGAUUCUACAGUGCUGUUCCAGAUGACCCCAAAAAAUGUAAUAAAAAUCAAGAAACUGUGAUUUGCUCAUUCUCUUUAACUGUUGUUUAAGAAAAAAAUAAAAGAUUUCCAUUUUUUUUACUGACCAACAAUUGUAAUUUGUAAAUAAAAACUAAUUUUGAUGGCUGCAGCGCGCAAGACAUUGUCACACCAACUGUCUAUUUAUUUACACUGUGUAACUUGAGGAUACUAAUUGUUCAUUUUUGCAUGCAAAACGUUUUGUCCAGCUUUGCUUCACUCAAGACUUCGAUGGAUGGACCGUACCAACGGAAAAUUCCGUAAUUAGCCGAAGAAAAAAAAGUUAUAACGUUUUAGGUGUAUAUAUAUUUACAGUUAAAUAUCGUUAUUUCAUUAACUGAUGUAAUUUUAACAUUCAUUUAACAACAUUACAUGUAACAUACAACUCUAAUAAAACUAAGUUCAAAUUAAAUUGCAAUGCAAUGUGAAACAAUGCUAAUUCACUUAAAUAAAACACUAACGUCGAUGAGUUUUGAGUCUUCAAACACUGCCAACACAGUUACACAUUCAAACAUGUAAAAGUGUCUAUAUUAACUAUAUUUAAUGCCUUAACUAACAAUGGGAAAUAAAUUGUUAAUAUUUA